AAAUUAUGAAUGACAAAUGAAGUACAUUUGACAGUUUGAGUGAGACCAAAGGACGGAUAUAAAUGGUUAAUACUGAAUUUGAGUUUAAAAACGUAAAAAUCAUGAAACCUGAAACAAAACCAGACUCAAAAUCUCAUAUAAUUUUACAAGAAUCAGAUAUAAUUAAAAUAUUGGCAGGAAAUGAUCCUAAAGCAAGAGACAAGGCGUUAAAAAACCUCAAUAAAUGGUUUUUACAGCGGUCCAAGAAAAUGCCUUACACUGAAAGUGACUUUGAAAGAAUAUGGAAAGGUUUAUUCUAUUGCAUGUGGAUGUCUGACAAACCAUUAAUUCAAGAGGAAUGUGCAGAAAAAAUAUCAAAACUGGUUCAUUUUCCUGACCUACCCACGUCGAUAUUGUUUUUUAAAGCUGGAAUGUAUAUACUUGGUAGUGAAUGGAGCAGUAUAGACCAGUUAAGACUAGACAAAUUUCUUAUGCUUGUAAGGAGACUCUUAAGGCAGAUUCUACGAGCUUUACAGCAACAUUCAUUUACCGACAAAAAUGUACAAAGGUUUAAUGAUGCCAUUUUGGAAACUGUUUUAAACAAAAAUAAGACACCCGUAGGACUUUUCAUGCAUUUCAAUGAAAUUUUUAUGGAGGAGUUGGCUAAGGUUACACAAGGAAAACUUCAUAAUCAUAGUGUUGUAGUUUUUCUAAAACCUUUCAUACAACGUUUAGCAACAUCACAAGAUGGAAGAGAAAUAAAACAUAUUAGAAAAUACAUUUUCUCAUAUUUAAUGAGACAGUCUGAUGUUGGUUUAGAUUAUCAAGAAAAGUAUGAAGCUUGGAAAAGGCAAGGAUUUCCUGGGAGUAUAAAUUCAAUGCAAAAGAUAACUAUAGAAGAAAAACAUUCUGACGAUGAAGAGGAAAAUUCAUCUACAGAAGAACAAAUGGAAAAACCCUUGGAUCCCAGAGCCGGUAGAGUAGAUGUUGAAAUACCGCAAAUUCGUUUUAAUGCGAAGGAAGUUUCUAAUGCUUUAUUAGAAUUCAAAUUUGAUAAGAAAAGCUCAACUCACUCGAGAAAUAUAAUCACAGUGUUGGCUCGACAGUUCAACAAAUUAUCGCAAGGGUAUUAUCCAUUAGGAAUAAAAAAAAUUGACGUUAAAGACAAACAUGAAGAUAUAAAUGUUAGAAAAGCAGCAAAUCGACUCAUAAAAUUUGAAAAAAAGCUUUUGGGAAAAAAUAGAAAAAGAAAAUUAGAUAAAGAAAAUAAUGAACAAGGUAAUAUUGAGAAAAGACUAAAACUGCAAGAAGAAAUAUCAGAUGUAUUAAGAAAUGAAGGAACUAAAACAAACAGUGAAAAUCUUUUGACAGUAAAAUCAAAAAAGAAAAAAGAGAAAAAAACAAAAGUUAAAGUUCACAAGGAAGAAGAAUCUAAAACUCUAGCUGAACAUAAUGAUAAUCAAGUGGAAGAAAUUGUAGAAAAAGCUAAAAAGAAAAAAGAUAAAUUGAAUAAACUAAGAUCAGAUUCCAUUAUGCAAACUGUUAUUACCAAGAAAAAUCAAAAUGGUUCAUUGAACUCUAUAGAUUCUAAAAUUAACAGUCAGAUUAUUAAAGCAAAAAAUAAAUUGAAGUAUCAAAAGGACAAAAAAAUAAAUGAGAAACGUAAAAAAGGAAUUAGCUCAAAAAUAGAUUGUGUAUUUAAGAGGAAUUCUGGAACGUGGGUUGUUUAUGAAGCUGAAAAUAAUUCUUUAUCUCAGAAAACGGUGGAUUGUAUAACGCCCAAUAAAUUGUCAGGAAAAAAUACCAAGAGUGUUGUAAAGGCAAAUACAGGAAAAAGCAGAACUAUUGAGACAAAUCUGUCAAAUUUUAUCUGUAAUGAUGAUUCGCCCAAGUCUGGAUUGGCUCCAGUUAAUUUAAACGAAUCAUCACCAGAACAGAAAGAAGUUUUUCAGAAAUCCGAUUGGGAAGAACCAUUACAAGAAGGUGAAUACGAAAUCUGCAUACCAUCAAAAAAAUAUAUCGGAAAAAUGAAGAAACUAGCAAAAAAUGAAAACAAAAGUGUAAAUGAACUUAUUAAUUCAACUUUGGAAAGAAUUAAAGGAAAAUCUAGGCUAAGUUUAGAUUCGCGAUUAGUGAAUAAUCCGUUUUCUAAAUCACCUAGUGCCAAAAAAGUGAAAAUCAAUAUAAAAUUAAAUAGAAGUCAGGAUAUUUAUGAACAUAUCGCUAAUGUUAGGAGUUCCCCCGCUAUACCAUACGAUGCUACCAAAAAACCUUCUAAACCUUUGUUAAAACCUAGUGCGAAUUCUACUCCUAUAAAUCCUUUUUAUAAAAAGUUACUGCUAAUGUAAAUAGUGUGAAGACAUUUAUAUUAAUGAAUUUAAUAACUAUCAAUAAUUUUUCAUUUGGCAAUUAGAAACAUUUUGAAGACUUUACAAAGAACGUUUUGCAAAUAUUUCUAUUAAUUCACUUUAUUACAUUACAAGUUAUUAAAGAUAUAAAUAUUUCUUGUAAUCUGAAUAUAUGAAGAACGGCAAGAUAUAAAUAUUUUUGUAUUGAUAAGUUUAAUUCUGUAGUAAGCUGAACAUAGGUCAAAACUUUUUUUUGGAUGUAACAUAAUGGAAAAGAAUCCCGAUUUAUUCAAGCCGUAGAUUCUAGCCAUGUUCUUAAUUUUCUCAAAACUAUUCUUCCUAUUUUCGGGCUAUCAUGAUACCUAAAAAUAAAUCUAUGGAGAACUAAUUAAGGUGCUGAAAAAAUUAAUAACACCUGUUCAUUUAGUUUUCUUAUUGGCAUUUUGGCAAAUGAUAAUAUCCAUAUUUUUGGAAGAUAGGAGAAUAAAUAUAAAGUCUUUGAAUUAUAAUAAACUAAACUUUUCUUAUACUGCUCUUUGAGUACCGUAGUUUCUUAUGGUUUGGUUAGCAUGAAAAUCAAUCAACAUCAAAAGAAGAGCGGGUAGCAUAUACAUCAGGUCCACAAAAAUUACAGUUUGAAAAAAGUAAUUUGUUCAAUUGAAAAUAUAAUUUGUAACAAAAUGUUUUACAAAUAAUUUGCCUCAACUAAAACCAUUAGACAUUGGGUAAUGAUACACCUUUCCAGUGAAACUAUCCAACUAUUAGGUAUACAGAAGUAGUCUCAUAUCUUUCAGGUAUUAAGCUGAAAUUCUACUAAGAAGUUCGAGUAUUUCUUUCCCCGAGUUCGUUAACAUUUCUUGCUCUUUCAAGUCGCGUGGAUACACAUUUUAUUUUAAAGAGACCCAAAAAAUCUUGAGCUUAGAGAGACCAAUUGACCGCAUCACGAGAAGUAAUUUCAUUAUUGAAAAUAUUUUCCAAAUAAUCUUUAACUGCAUGUUAGCUUAUCUUCGAGAAAUUUGUACAAAAUAUGUUUUUCAAAUAGUGUUCACAAAAUGUUGAAAUUUUGUAUAUGUGUAAUAAAUUUGAGUAGUCUGCAUUCCAGUUUUUGAACGAUAGUGUCCUGAGUAGGUUAAUUGCAAGUGGACAAUCUUUAAUAUGAACACUUUAUGGAAUAUAUAACUUAUAGAGAUGUUUCAUUUAUUGAUAAAAUUAUUGGAUUCUAUGAAUCUUAGUAUAUUAUUACUGGGAGCUGUUACAUUUCAAAUUUAUACUAAACAAAUGUCUUGAUUGAUACUAAAAACUUGCACCAUCAACACAGGUUAAUGACUUUCUGUUUAUCUUUGUAAAUUUUUGUUCGAUGAUUCCUCUUAUUUUAUUUUUGGUAUUAACACAUAAAAAUCGUUUUUUUCUACUUGUUUAUUCAAACGUGGUUUUCUCUGAUAAUUGUUCAACAUAACAUGGCGAUUUUUAAAUUUUGUAAUUGUUUUUUUAAAUUUAUUAACAAUUUUCUCUUAAUAAAAAAAUAAUUGUAUUUUGAUAUUCCACAGCUCUGGUUUUAUUAAAUAAUACAAGUUUACUGUCAUCAGGCCUAUUAUGUAAUUCAAUAUAAAACUGUAAUUGAAUUCUUAUUUUGACCAUUUUAAUUUUGAAAUAUGGACAAUUACUAUUUUAUUUGCAAAGUAUUUUUUCUCUCUCUCUUUGAUGUAAAGUUCAAAAUUUUGGAUAUUAUUUUUUACUUAUUGAAAAUAUUACUUUUUUGUAAAGUAAAUGUAAUUAGUUCUUGAAUAAAAUUCUAGGUUGGA